UCGGCGCGCACAUGCAAAAGCCGCCCUCAGUUUCCGCUUUCCAGAGGCAGAGACGGCCAAGGGAAGCUCCGGGAAAAGAGAGCCGAGGGGAAGAAAAGCAGAUUUUUAACAUAUUAGGCGCGCGCGAGUAUUUCUCUCGCCCGUUUUCUAAGACAGCGUUUUUUCAAUCCAUGGCUCGGAUUUGGGCGCCCUUGCUAUUUGGGCGCCCUUACUUUUUUGCCGGGAGGUUGGUGUUUCCUUUGGAUUGUUUGGUUUCUGUGGUGUGUUAAAACAGAACGUUGGCCCAGGAAAGCAGCGAUCUGCCCGAGAGCAGUGCGCCGAAGCGUUUGAACUCUGCCGGAUCUUCAGUUUCUUUCUUCGUCCACCUCUUGGAGAGUAGAACAUAUUUCUAGUCCGCGCAAAACCUCGGCGACUCAGUAGAAUUGACCAGAGAACUUACAGCUGGAUUAUUCUAUCCCCCCCCCGGGUUUCUUUCCUUGCCCAAUUAAAACAAAACAAGGGAGGGGGCGUAGCUCACUGGAACCGAACCGUGCAAAUUUACAUCGUCCUUUUGUUCCUUUGGAAGUCCGAGGUUCGGCGAUUGAUUUUAAAGUAACGUACCUCACUCUCGUCGGCGACGCGUCUUUAUACUGUAAAGAAUCGUCUUUUUAAUUUCGGCCACGCCGAAGAGAAGCCAAGGAAGAUCGAAGGCAGGUCGUUCAAGUCCCCAUUUUUGACGACUGGAUCCGGAGGUUCUCGCGCUGCCCUUCAGCCCGUUUACCAGUUGGGAGAAAGGCUGAUUUCAGUUUUCCUCUUUCGACUCUAGCAAUUGCCAAAAUGGACACGACCUUAGAGCAAACCCUCUGCACAGUACGUGGUAGCGAGUAUUCAUUCUUGGAACGCUAAUACCAAAACUUUCCACCGGCCUGUAAUCAGGAUUUCCAAUCGGCUGGUUUAUUUCAGUCGGGUACAGGUUUUUCCCCCUUAAAUAUGCAUAUAUAGAAAAAAAAUCUCAAGAAGAAGAAGGGGGAGGAGAGGUAAACCAACACACAGCAUUCCCUUCAUGUUGAUGUAUCGAACCCAAACUUGCUGAAGCUGCUAAUUUCGCUUUUGUCUUCCAGGCUUCAACUCUUCCACGACCUCCUCCCUCCAGCUCAUUAUUUUUUUCUGCUGCCUCUCUGGGAAGAUUUUUACUGUUGGGGGGGGGAGGUGAUGAUAGUACACAUUUUUCUUAUAAUUCCCCCAAUUACAAAAUAUAAAAUAUUGCUAAUAUGCAGAUGAUUAAAAUCUCCAGUAAUAAAGAAACUUGUCUUUUUGUACAUAGUGGUUCCAUUUACUUAUAAUAGAAAGCUCUCCAUAUUUCUCUUUUCCUCUAUUUUGUGUACCUAUGUGCGCACACACAUACACAUGUGUAUGUGUGCAUGUGUAAUCUUAUCCGCUGUGCAAAUAUGUAGUCAUUUAAUACCUUGUUUUCAGUUAUAGAUUAAAUCAAACACGAAGUAGUAGAGCAAUGUUAAGAGUUAAAAGCUUUGCAUCUAACUAUUUAAAAUAGUAUUCAGUAAAUAAAAAUUUGUUUCAUUGUUCUAAUCAUGGCACAUUAAGGUAAGCAAAUGUUUUUUCUCUUUCUCCUGGAUUGUUAACCAGUAAGCACGUUCAGUAUGGAGUUACUUUCAUUAUGGGUUGAAUGGGCUGUGGAUCCUUCAGACAAUGUAAGAGUUCCAGGUAAGAACAGAUAUAUAGGAUGAGCUGCCUCACUGUAUAGGAAGAAAAUAAUUUGGAUACCCCUCCUUCCCCCACUGUAGAUGCAUUAGAUUCCCAUUAAUAUCUCAGUGACUUUGUUUAUAUGGGAGAUGCACAUUUUUUGUAGCCAAAGGGCAGUGGAAAUCUUUCAGUGCAGCACAGUCCUACUUGGUAAAUCUGAAGGAAAAAAGGGGGGGGGGAGGUCUUUUUAUCCCCCCCUCCUCUUGGCCUAAUGUUACCCACAUUGGGUCUAAGCCAGAAACCCCUUAUGUGUAAAUGGAAUGAAUGCACAGGAAGAACCUUACAUAACUGUUUUGUCUAAGAAUACAGUUGUAGAAUUUAAACCCCUGCCCUUGAAGGAGGAAUGCAGGACUUUGCCACUCAAGUGUCUGCAGUGAAAUAUUUAUUUCUGAGCUUGAGCAAUUGAAGCACAGCAAGCUCUUUUUUUCCCCUCGUCUGGGGUCCGUGCAAGGAAGGCGUUCUUUUGGAUUGCAUCAAGGCAACUGGUUUGUAAACUGGGAAGCCAGCAAACCAAAGAUAAUCCCGGUCCCUCCCACCCACACACAUCUAAAGCAAAGGAUCACACUUUACAUCAGGGAGAGGGGGGGCAACUGAAAGACACCCUCCAUCCCUUCCAGCCUCAUCAUAACAUUUUUAAAAGCAUCCAUUUGAAGAUUUAGUUUGCCCAGAUAGAUACCAGAGCAAGGAAAUGAUUGUAGUAGUCAUUGGAGAACAUUUAGCAGUUCAAAAUAAUAAAUAACAUAGUUGAACAGAACUACAACUGGCAAAUAAAAACUUCACUCUCAAUGUAUUAUUUUUCCUCCUUCCAAGUUUCCUCCCUCUUCCAACCACCUCGCUGUCCCGAAUUACAUUGGAGGCGCUGCUCCUGUAUUCAUCCGUACGGAUCUCGCUUUGUCAGUUCUAUCCUUAUCUCUCCCCCUUCCCCUCCCCCGUCGUGAUAAAAACUACAAGGCCUAGAAGCGCCGCAUUGCUGUAUUUUCUGUUUUCAGCCUAGAUUUUGGAAGAGUUUGAUGUAUUUGUUUUAAAUCUGGUGGUCGCCAUGCAAUCCAUAAAAACCAGUUGCUUCGUUCGCACAAAGGGAUGCAGGCGGCAAAAAGGAAGAGACGCAGAAGGCGGGGGUCUGUUUCCACGGCCUCGUUUUGGGGGGCACCCAUCAGCGGGGCUUCUAGGACGGGGCCGCCGCUUCUCGCCCUCUGGUACUGCGCCCGCAGUCCGUCCGUCCAUCCGUCCGUCCAGCCCCAAUGGCUUCCUCACGCGCUUGAUCUCUUCUUCCUUUCCCUUGCAGAGAAUGAGGCCGGAUCCCCGGUGCCACGAGAAGCGGAGGCCCCUUGGAGGAAUACGAUUAGCCUCGUGCUGAGGGGAGCCCUUCCUUCCCCGCGCCUGCGGCCUGCAGAUUUCCUUUCCUGGGGAGGGGGCGAAUCUCCGCCCGCUGCAAGGCCGCCCCGCAGCCCCUUCCCUGCCGGGGCUUCGGCUGUGGGAGUGCAGCCCCGGUAUGGAUGGACGGGAGUUCGCACCCCCGCCUCCCCUCCUGGCCGAGAGGGGCCAUCGCAACAGCUCCAGCCGCCUCGCUUCCGCCGGGCACAACUCAGUGCAGCACGGAGGACACUUCCAGCCCGGGAAAUACUUCCCCUCGCCCAUCUCCAUGGCUACGCACACAGCAGGAAGUGGGUUGAUGGGAAACUCACCUGCCUCAUCCUUUAUGGGCAGCUUCCUGAGCAGCAGUUUGGGCUCAGCAGCACCCCCGCAUCCUACAGGUCCGGCGUCAUCCCCAUCUGAACCUGCCUUCCAUGGCCCCCACUCCGGCACCUCUCAAAUUUGGUUCUCCCAUUCACAUGAAGCUCCAGGUUACCCGAGGUUCUCUGGGAGCUUAGCAUCCACUUUUCUUCCCAUGAGCCACUUGGAUCACCAUGGAAACAACAAUGUCCUGUAUGGCCAGCAUCGUUUCUAUGAAAGCCAGAAAGACAAUUUCUACCUGCGGAACCUUCCAGCUCAACCUACACUGCUUUCAACCAAUCACAAUUUCCCCAGCAUUGCCCGGGCAGCACCUGGUCAUCCGAUUGGCUCCUGCAGCCGGGACCGGGAGGCUGGGCAUGGACAGAAGUGCCACAAAGACUAUGAGCGUUUUGUGGUGUCAAAGGACAAAGGCGCCAAGGGUGAGAGCAAGGAGCGAGCAGCUGAGGAGGAGGCCAAGGAGCGGCACAAGCUGGUGAUGCCUAUGACACCGGAAGCAAACUGCAAGGAAGGGGUUCCCCAACGGGGCUCUUGUGACAACCGGCCCAAACACCUGCCCUCCUGCUUGCUGAGCUCCAAGGUACUGAAUGGUGACGCAGGCAAAGCUGUCCUCCCCAGCUGUGGUGGAGGCCUUCUACCACGCCAUGCUGGUGCCCAGAGCCGUUGUGCCAAGGAACUUGGCCACCAUGAGCCGCCUCAGUCUUACAGUGAGUGCCUGGAGCGAAGACAAAUGUUGCACCACUCGGUCUCCUACACUGUCCCAUCCAGUUUGCCUGCUGGGCCCCCUGCCCUGAGCACGACAACGGGCAGCUUCCCCUGCCUGCAGCUUCAUUCCAGCCCAGAUGGGAUGUGUCCUCUGCAGGACAAGGCCAGCCGGGAGUUACGGAUCAGUGGGGCCACUUUUGUGCCUUCGGUAGGCCAUCUGACUGACAAGAGCCGCUCCUUCCAGGUGCCCUCUGAGCCCUGUGAGGGCAAAGAACGCCCCCACGAGGUGGGCCCAGAGCACCCCCCCACCUAUGGAAACCAUCCUUUCUCUCACCUCAAAGCAGAAGGCAAAGUGGAGCGGAGGCUGGACUGGCCACAGAAUCCCAGCACCCGCCUGAAAGGGCUGGAGUAUCUGAAUAGCACUGGUUCCGACAGCCAUUUUGGCAGCUUGCCCCACCAACCUAAGAGUGGACAUUUUGAGAUGAUACCACCUCAAGACUGUGCCCGACCCAACUCCCAAGAGACACUGUGUAAACUCAGCCAGUCCUGCUGCACUUUAGACAAGGCCCCUAAGGAGCCGCCAGUUCCCAGCACCCAGAAAGUGGCUCGCAUCCGCCACCAGCAGCACUUGCAGACAGAGAUGGAGCAGGCAGGCACUCAUGCAGAAUCCAAGCGCAAAUCAAUGGAGCUCAGCUCUCUGGGCUACAGUGGGCCCCACUUGCCACCAUGGCCAGUUCAGGGCCAGGGCCCUCCUUUGCCUAUGGCAGAGGAGAGAAAAGGCUCUUACCUGGACCCUUUUAGCAGCAGCCUCCAGCAGGCUGCGCUCAUGACCCAGGGUUCUGUGCUCACGCAGGAAAUGCAGACACCCCCUGAUGAAGUGUCAGCCAUGAAAAACUUGCUCAAAUACAGCAACCAAGCACUUAUUGUGGGCCAGAAGGCUCCUUUUGUGGGGCUGGGCAGCCUCAAGGGCAGCUGUGCUCAUCAGGAUGGGGGCAAACUCCUGGGGACUAAGGGACAGCAGGACCUGGAACGUUCAGACUGUGCCCGCAGCAGAGACCAUGACCUUGGCCAUGGAGAUGGUGAGGUGCGUCAGCCUCCAGUGGGCAUUGCUGUGGCUGUGGCUCGUCAAAAGGAUACAUUAAGUCGGCCAGAGCCAGCCUAUGGAUCUAGCUCCAGUCGGCAGGGCCGGACUGCCAUGGGUCUCAAAGCUGGUACAGCAAGGCCUGUGCACGUCAUCGAUCUAGAUGCUGAGGAGGAACGGAACCGGCUGUGUGAGGAGCGUUUGGGGCUUGCGGGGAGAGACCUCCUGCUUCAGGAUAACAAAGAUCUUGUGGAGUUUGCCCGAAUUCAUCCAUCAAGCAGUUGUCCUGGAGACCUUACCCCUCACCUGAUGAUUGCAGGCAGUUCCUCAUUGCAGACCAGCCAGCUGGGAGGAGAUCCAGCAGCCCACACCCAUCCUGCUCAUACACAUUGGUUGCCCCGGACACGCAGCCCUUCACUUUGGAUGGGUGGACAUUCAUAUGGCAUCGGGCAUCCUGCUCUGCAUCAAAACCUGCCACCUGGUUUCCCAGCUUCUAUGCCCAGUGCCAUGCAACCCGUCUUCCCUCUAUCACAGGAGCCACCUGCCCAGCUAGUUAUCCUGCCCUCUGAGCCUCCAGCCCAUGGAGCCCCCCACACACUGGCUGAGGUGAUGGAUCAGGCAUCUAUCUGGUCAUCGAUGUAUCCUAGCCGGGGGCCUGGUUCUCACCUGCAGCACACAGGACAACUCCCUGUCUACUCCCGCUCUCAGUUCCUGCGUCAACAAGAACUCUAUGCCUUGCAGCAGCAGCAACAGCAGCAGCGUGCAGCACAGGCAUUGGAAGUGCAGCGGCACACUCACAGCCAGCGGAAGCCUGAAGAGCCUCUGCCUGAGCUGGACUUGCCAAGUCCUGAAAAGCCACUCAAACCAUCUCACAAAGCAGUUGCCUUAAACGCACCCCCAAAGGGCCUGUCCCCGGCAGCUGCCUGCUCAGUCAAGCUCUCUUCAUGCUGCCACCCACCCAAAUGCCCUGGACCCUGCACUUUACCUGUCUGCCCUGCUGUGGUGCCACGCUCCCCUGCUGUAAGUCCAGUGCCCUCACAGAACUCUACGGGUCCUGAAGCUGAGGACAAGCAGCCUGAAGGGCGGCCAGCCCAGGACUAUCCAAAAUCACUGGAACCAGAUCUUCCCCCUGGUUAUUCCUACCCUGUGGCUGGUCUGGGCUAUGCAUCACCAUUUCCCCGGGACCCAGCUGAUCCUGACACUAUGCAAACUGUUUCUACAGCAGCUGAGCCUGAACAGUCACGCACCUUUCCACCAGAGCAGGAGCCACGCUGCGAGGCAGAAGCUAACCCACCCAGUGGGACUGGGGACUCUGAAGUGGAACCCACCCAUGCUCACCCUCCACAUCUCCUUGUCCAUCCCCAGAGACCAAGCUCCACAGAGAUGAUUAAGGAUACUCCAAGUUGCUCCCUGCUGGUCAGGGAUAACUCAAAUGACUUGGAUUCUACCCAAAAAGAACAUCAGGAGGAGCCUAGGUCAGAUGCUGCCAUGCUAGGACCUUCCCCAGAAGUGAUGACUAUGGAAGAGAGUCCUGCUGCAGCAUUGGAAGUUGGCUGUCAGGAGGUUGAGAGCAAUGCUGUCUUACCAGAUGACCCAUCAACACAUACUGAUGUACAGGUAGCACCAUAUGGCCUGGAUGCCCUUAUUGCUGCCAGCAUCAACCUGGGUGAACUCCCAGACCUGGAAUCCCCAUCUUCUGCAGUUUCCUUUUCCUUGCCCUCUCCAUGCAGCUCAGGGAUUCCUGGCAUUGCCCUGCUCAGUGAGCUGGCUGAACUGGAACGCUGUCAGCGGCACUGUGAUUCAGUGUUGGAUGAAGACUUGGCAGCCUUCAAUCUGCAAAGUCUAGCCACCCUUGCUGCUGCCUGGGCCCUUGUUGAAGCUGCUGGCUUUGAGAGCAGCCCACCUGACCUUCUCAGUCUGGCAGAUGCCGCACCAUGUGUGAAUCUGCGCCCUCGCAUGCGGGUCUCCCGACGGAAAUACAUCUGGACUCCUAAGACCAAGCCUGUUUGCCCUCUGAAAGCAGCCAUUGAGAAUUUGGAUACACAGGAAGUGGAGAUGCGCAUGCGCCUAGCAGAACUGCAGCGACGCUACAAAGAGAAACAGCGGGAAUUGGUCAAACUGCAGAGGCGGCAUGACCACGAGCGAGAGGAGAGUUCCCGGAGUCCAGCUCGACGGGGACCGGGGCGGCCUAGGAAACGCAAGCACUCCAGCACACUCAGUUCAUUGCGACAGGGUUCGAUGGGCAAGAGUGACAGCAGGAAGGUCAAGAGGACACCUAUAAGAGCAGUGCCAAAGCAAUGUGAAGUCAAUAUUUUAGAAGGUGUCAAAAGGUCUGUAAAAAACAGCUUAUCCCUACUGUGUACAGAGUUGAGGGCCGAGGGGGAGCCCAAGAAGAAAAAACGGAAAAUAUCAGAAACAACUUACAGUGGCAUCAAAAGUUCCCAGGAGAAGGUUCGUUGCAAGAAGAGUGGUUCACAAAACAAGUUGGCUUCCACAGUAGUGCACAAGGCCUCCCAUCUCAAGCAGAAGGUCAAAAACAAAGUCUUGCCCACAAGCAUUGGCCCCUUCCGUCGGAAAGAGCCUAUCCCUUGCACCCGUAUCCAGAAGAAGCUUUCUCGAACCAAAAGCUCCAAAGCAACCUCUCCCAAAUACCCACAGCAGGAUCUCACUCCCUUGGAGGCCAAGCCUAGUACAGGGAAUGCUGAUGCAGAUGACAAUCACCACAGAGACUAUGAAAGUGACGAUGGUGGUGGUGGUGGUGAUGACUUGAUGAGUGACAACAGCUCCCCCAUGCAUGUAACAGUGAAUCCUGCUGUAAUUGGCCCUUCUCCUUCCUCCGUGGUGAAAAUGGAGGCAAAUCAGAAGGCAAAGAAGAAAAAGGAGAGGCAGGGUUUGCUAGGGCCCUGUCGAAUCCCCAGUCCUGAAGGCCAAGUAAAAAUAAAGCGGCGGCCAGUGAAGCCAGGUUUAGGGAGGUUGGAAAAGGUGCCGGUAUGCCGAGCAGGAUCUUGUGAGAGUUCCAGCAAGAAGAAACUAAAGAGCAAGGCCAAGGAGUUUCACUGCGGACCUGGGACAUCAGCCACCAAUGAGGGGCUCUUCCCCAGCAGCCAGGCCCGCUCCUUUGCGAACCGUGAUGAGGCAGGAAAGCUCAGCAGUGAACGCCUCAAGAAAGCCACACGCAAGAGCAAAGUACUGCAAUCAGCUCUCAGAAGAAAGAAUGGUGCACUGACCCUCUCUCCUCGCAAUGCCAAGGCCAUCCUCAGCAAGGGCAAGAAGCUGUCUAAGGUUAAGAACAAGGUGGUCAGCAAGCAGUGCAAAGGCCGGGCAGUCAGUCGGCUGAUGGAGAGUUUUGCCAUCGAGGAUCAUUUUGAGUUUGAUGAUAAUAGCAGUUUCUCUGAAGAGGAAGAGAUGCCACCCACUGGCACAGAGCAAGAUAUGACCUCUGCCCAGUCAUGCACCAUCCUCAAAGAAGAUCUCCAGGAUGGACUGCGUGUGCUCAUCCCCAAAGAGGACAGUCUGCUCUAUGCUGGCAGUGUAAAGAGUCUGCAGCCACCUGACAUCUACAGCAUUGUCAUUGAGGGAGAGCGAGGGAAUAGACAGAGAAUCUAUUCCCAAGAGCAGCUGUUGCAGGAGGCGGUUCUAGAUGUGCAGCCACAGUCAAGUCGCAGCCUCCCACCUGGCACCCGGGUCUGCGCUUAUUGGAGCCAGAAGUCUCGCUGCCUCUACCCAGGCAAUGUCAUUCGAGGGUCUUCAAGUGAUGAGGAGGAGGAUGCAGAGUCAGUGUUAGUAGAAUUUGAUGAUGGAGACACUGGCCACAUUGCAGUGUCUAAUAUCCGCAUGUUGCCACCAGACUUCAAAAUCCAGUGCACAGAGCCUUCUCCUGCAUUAUUAGUCUCCACCUCCUGCCGUCGUAAUAAAAGGUCUUCCAGUGAUGUUCCCCAUUCCAGUGAAUCAGCACCAAGCCUUUGUGCUGAGGGAUGUGAAGUCUCUGAGUCAACCAAAAGCACAAGUAAGAAGAUGAUCAGCAAAGAAAAGGCUGGUAAAUCUGAUAUGCUGCAUUCAAGUUCAAAAGCCCAGCCUGGAGAUCACUUCCUGAGCCGUCGUAGCAGCCCCCUGCUAAGUUGGACAGCUGUGACCCAGAACAAGCGCAAGACAUCCAGCAAGGGCACAGCCCUGCGGCAAAACCUCUUCCAGCUCAAUGGUGGCAGCAAAAAGCUGCGGGCCAAAGAGGUGCUCUUCCCUGUGCAUAGUGUUGCUGCUCCCAUAUUCGGAAAUGGCUUUGGCUCAGACUCUUUUAGCCGCAUUGCCAACUCUUACUCUGCUUUUGGAAAUGCUGGCCUGGUUCUGCCCUGUGCUCAGAAGCUUUUGCGUGCCAAGAAAGUUGAACGGUUGGACACUGAGUUGGGUAAGGGUGGGCGUAGGAAAGUUGGUGGUGAAUAUCUGGUCAAGCUGGAUCAUGAGGGUGUGACGUCACCCAAAAACAAAAACUGCAAGGCCUUACUGAUGAGUGACAAGGACUUUGGGUCACUGCCUGGCCAUGGCUAUGUUCACCCAGCCUUGGGGAUCAAAGAGAAGAAGAGCACACUGCCUAUGGGUUUGGCAUUACGCAAAUACACUGGUCAAACUGAGUAUGGGCUGCACUGUGACAGUGACUGUCACAGCUCUUAUUCAGACAUGGAUGAAGAUGAGGUGGAUGAUCUGGGAGGCAGCGUCCCGUCCCGCUUUCUGACACGGCUUUCCGUCUCAUCAUCAUCUUCUGGAUCGUCCACCUCCUCUAGCUCUGGCUCAGGCUCCACUUCAAGCCUCUGCUCCUCCGACAACGAGGACUCCUCCUAUAGCUCCGAUGAUGAGGACUCCACACUGCUUGUGCAGACCUGUCUUACACACCCAGUUCCUGCCUUGCUGGCUCAGUCUGAAGCCCUGCGUUCAAAGAGCAGCACCUUGCAGAGGUGUUUUGGCACUGGGGCCAAGAGCAAGCUCAGGCGCAAAGAAACUCUGAGCUUCUCUAAAGCCAAAGAGUUCUCCCGCCGGCAGCGGCUGCCCUCGGUGGAAAACCGGCCAAAGAUCUCUGCUUUUCUGCCAGCACGCCAGCUUUGGAAAUGGUCUGGGAACCCCACUCAGCGUCGUGGCAUGAAGGGGAAAGCACGGAAGUUGUUCUACAAAGCAAUUGUACGGGGCAAGGAGACUCUGCGCAUUGGCGACUGUGCUGUUUUCCUGUCAGCUGGCCGACCCCACCUGCCCUACAUUGGCCGCAUUGAAAGCAUGUGGGAGUCUUGGGGCAGCAACAUGGUUGUCAAAGUAAAAUGGUUCUACCAUCCUGAGGAGACAAAGCUGGGCAAGCGACAUAGCGACGGCAAGAAUGCGCUGUACCAGUCAUGCCAUGAGGAUGAGAAUGAUGUCCAGACCAUCUCUCACAAGUGCCAGGUGGUUGAACGUGAACACUAUGAGCAGCUGACCCGCAGCAAGAAAUACCAGGAUCGGCAAGAUCUUUACUACCUGGCAGGAAGUUAUGACCCCACUACAGGCCGGCUUGUAACUGCAGAUGGUGUGCCUGUCCUGUGCUGAAACUGUGGGACACGACCACUGCUCUAGGGCCAGAAAAUGGCUAUUGGGGAGGGCAGAAGGGCCAAGGGACAGUGGAAGGGGCCAGUCUCCUUAUACUACUUCCUGGCAGUUGGAUGCAAGGCCCUGAAAUAUGCAAGGUGCCCGGCUUUGCCAUGCCGGGGUUGCAGGCUGAUCCCGGUUCCCCACACGGUUCUGUACAGAGUUGAAUCCAAGCCAUACUUUCCCUAGUACCUCUGACUGUUUGCCGCAGGCCAAACACAAAUCAGGUUACCGCUCUAUUUAUUUUAUGUGUAAAUAAUGUAUUUCUGAUGGGAAGUUUUAUGGAAAAGGAACAAACAAGUCAAAA